GGUCGGAAGUUCAGAGUGGGAUCUGCCUGGAGGAAAACUUGUUAGACACGGACUCUAAGAUCAUGUACAGGACGUGUUUUUGGCUGUUAACCCUUGUGGCUGUGGCUAGUGCCGCCACCUUUGGCCGGGAUUACCUGCCACGCCCAACGGCCAGGGCCUAUGUCUACCCCACACCUCCGCCCAGCACAAUGGCCCAGCUACGCCGGAUAAUCCAAGGUCACCUGGAGCGAUUCCAGCAGGCGGAAGAGGCCCACUUCUCCCGUCGCGCGAAUGUUCAGCUGGGAAAAUCGGAUUUGGCGGUGGAGAGGAAACCGCAGGCAAUGCAAUUGUGGGUGGUUCGCACGCCCACCGUUUCCGGCGCGGCCUCGGAAAACGUACUGGAUUACGCCCUGGCACCCAACACGCCCACGCCGAAGGACUACGCGCAUAAGUUCCUGCCCGAGGGCAAGGAUGUGGUACCCGGAAGCUCUUACAUACCACUGCGGUUGCUGGUGAUAAAGCGCUGAAAUCUGAAGUCUCGGGCAGCUCGGCGGCUUGGCGGCUUGGCUUUUGUUGUUCGAAAACAAGUUCCGGCGGAAUGCCGAUAGCAGAUAGCAGAUACCCGAUACCCAAUGUCCAACCAGUAGUUGGCUAAUUGGCUUUAAGCUUACUGGUUCUUACCGCUAGUUUAGCAAUACUUUAGUUGAUUAUGUUAAGGCCCACGUUGGCAGCCCAGUUCGCUAAUCUAAAUUAAGUCACCACAUCCCGGAGGUCCGUCUCCAAGACUUACGACCUUACCGCAUCCAAUAAAAUCGAAAUUAGACUCAGCCGUGUGCCGUCGUAAU